CUUUAGGGGAAGGAGGUCGGUAAUUGAAGUUGUUCAAUAGGAGGCCUGUGGGCAAAAUUCGUCCUAUGAAUGACAGACCGGCCCACAAGUUCAGAUCAAAACGAAAUGAGCAGAACCACCUGACAGCCUGAGAAUGAAGCACUGUCCACUGACCCGCAUAGCUCGCCUUCACUUCUGACCGACACAAUUAGAAUGUUUCUGCUUGACAGAAUAAGGAAAUAAACGGUGUCACAAGAAGACGGCUUUGUUUGUGUCGAAUACAGAAAAUGAGGACUUUGAUGGAUUUGUGGAUGAGGAUGGAUCAAAAAUAACCCUCUGGCAGUAUCAGCAGAAGCCUGUGGGGCAAGAAGGUCCACUUUGGGGUUCGUCCAUGUCUGUGGCAGCUCCAGCCGACCGCUGACCUGCCCUCCCUUGAGGAAUUAAGUGUGUGCAUGCUCCUGCAACGCGCUUAUGACACGGAAUGGACUGCGUUUGUCUACAAAGCUCCAGGGAGCAGACAAGUGGAGCUGGGCCUUGCUGGCACGGGAGCACAGUUGUUGGUGUGGCUCUUUGGACAAGAAUGGCAUCUGGACUUGGAGGUGAAGGUGCACCAGUGGUACCCAAUCUGCAUCACUUGGUCUGGAGGGUACCAGAGGCUGCGGCUAUACAUUAACGGAACCAUGCACAGUGCGAACGCCACUGAGCAACAGCAGCAUUUAGCCCAAAAUGGUACCCUGACUCUGGGGGUGUCUCAUUAUGUGGACGCUAAUGGUGCCGUGCAAGUGGAGAAUGGGAAGAACCUGCUGGGAGAGAUCAGCCAGUUCAGGAUGUGGGCAAGGGAAUGGAGCGAGGAGGAGCUGAGGAGGCGGAAGUGUGCUGACGGGGACGUGGUGAGGUGGGAUCUGCGGCAAUGGAAACACGACUGUCCUCCUCAGCCUGAUGACAAGCUACGCUGUGAGUCAUUGCCUGCCAUGACACUAACACCACCAACUGUCUCUCCAGAAGUAGGUCCGACCCAAAGGGUUCCGGCUCACCUGCCUAAUAUGUCAACAACAGGGGAGCCUUUGGAUCUCAACCUGACUGCUGUUCAAGCUGACGUGUUCCUGAGAGUCAACCUCUCACUGAUUAUGACGGGCAACCACACAAAACCAGAACCGAUCAUUGAAGAAUGGUUGAGAGAAAAGCUGGAGACAACCGGCACGACGCUGGUGUUGAAUCUCAUCGUAGUGCAGGUGGACGACUGCAGCAGAUACAGCUGUGCCUUCCAUGUUCAGGACUACAGUACGAAGACCAUUGAAGAAAUUAUCAUUUUUGUCAAUGCCACGUUGAUGGCAGCACAUGAAAAUGGCUCCAUAGUUAUUGAAACUACUCAUGUGAAGAUCAAACGUAUAUUGCCACAGAAUUGUGUGGAGCAAAUUACGCCAACAAUCUAUGGAGAAUACUUCUGGCCUGAAACGUUCCCUCAAGUCAUUCAAGUCAUGGGAUGCCGAAAGCCAAACUGGCAGCGAGCCUUCCGCCUUUGUAAAUUACACAUUGAAACGGACGCAACCAGCUGGUCUGACCCAGACAUGACAAACUGCAGCCCAAUGAGCAUUCCAGACCUGGAAAACAUCACCGUCACCACAGAUAAUGCAGAUGAAGUGGUGGGCAUCAUUGAGGACAUGGUGAACGUCCAGCUAGCUAACACCACACUGAUCCCGCCUGCCGAGUUGAGCACGGUGGUGGAGAAACUCAACCAGGUGGUGGACGUAGGUGCCGCCCAGCCGGCAGUCAGCAAUAAAGUUUUCCACAUUUUCGCCAACAUCCUGAUUUCAGAGACAGAUGUCACUCUGGUGGCUGGCAGCAUCCUUACCAUGACCGAUAGGAUGGGAAACACAAUGGAUUUUCCAGGAGAAUUAUUGAGUUUGACCGCUCCUUCAUUGGCUCUGUCCAUGAUCGACGUGCAUCUCGACAGAUUUGGAGGCCUCACAUUCGGAGUGUCCUCCCUUACAUCAUUCCAGGAACCAAAUGUUUUUGUCAACCAGAGUUUUGAGGGUAAGCCGAUCUCAGGUGCAAAUGUGACCAUCUCUCUGCCCUCUGCUCUCCAAAACUUCCUUCCACCCGGAGAGAGAAAUAAAACUCGGAUCCAGUUCCAGUUUUAUGGAACACAAGACCUCUUCCAGGACCCGCAAACAACCAGCACAUCAACACACAGCGGCUUGUCGUUGAACUCUUACAUCGUGUCUGCAAGCAUCAACGGCAGCCAUGUCAGCAACCUGAAUGAUGGCGACAGGGUGGUGGUCACGCUCCGCCAUCCAAAAGCCAAACAGCCGGAUGACAAGGUGCUGUGUGUGUUUUGGGAUUUCCAGCACAAUGGUGGCCAGGGUGGAUGGAGCAGCAUGGGCUGUGAAACACGCAGCAUUUCUCCUUAUCAGACCAGCUGUUUGUGUGAACAUCUCACACAUUUUGCUGUGCUCCUGGAUGUGUCCAGAGAACCUAUUAGUGAAGCUGACAGUCAGAUUUUAACAGUCAUCUCCUACAUGGGUUGUGGUUUAUCCUCCAUCUUUCUGGGCAUCACACUCCUCACAUAUCUGGCUUUUGGGAAGCUGCGUGGGGACUACCCAUCUAAGAUACUCAUUAACCUGUCAGCCGCCUUGCUGGGACUGAGCAUGUUUUUCCUUCUGGACUCCUGGCUCUCGUCCUUUUCCAACUACAGCCUGUGCAUUGUUACCGCUGCCGUGCUGCACUACUUCCUGCUGGCCUCCUUCGCCUGGAUGGGCCUGGAAGCCGUGCACAUGUACUUUGCUCUGGUCAAGGUCUUCAACACCUAUGUGCCCUCCUACAUCCUCAAGUUCUGCGUUGUCGGAUGGGGUGUUCCACUGCUUCUAGUGUGCCUGGUGCUGGCCAUCGAUAAAGAUGCCUAUGGCAGCACCGCACCCACACAGUCUGCAAUGGCGCUUCAUUCCACUGACCCUUUCUGCUGGCUGCAGAACCACAUCUUCUUCUAUGUGACGGUGGUGGCCUUCGUGCUCCUCAUCCUCCUAGGCAACACUUUCGUGUUUGUGCUGGUCCUGGUUCAGAUCCGACGGAUGGGUGCCAAAAAAACGUCGGUCAACAGCCGUGGCACCCUGCAGGACUUGAGGGCGGUGGCCAGUCUCACAGUGCUGCUGGGCCUCACCUGGCUGAUGGGCUUCUUUUCCUUUGGACCGGGCAGAGUGGUCAUGAUGUAUCUGUUCACCAUCUGCAACACCCUGCAGGGGUUCCUCGUCUUUCUCUUCCACUGCCUGAUGAAAGAAAAUGUGAGGAAACAAUGGAGGAUGCACGUUUGUUGUGGCGCUUUAAGACUCAGUGAGCAUUCAGACUGGAGCCGCACCAUGAUGCCGGGCGGUCGCUGCACAAAAGACCAUCUUAUUAACACCGACUCUGUCAACACCUCCUCUCUCAGGAACAUUUCUGAAUCCUCUACUGAAUCCAACAGCCACAAGGCGGCAUUUCCUGACUGACCCGUGAAAUCAGAGCUAUUGUUACGACUGGCGAACCGCCAUAGCAGAGAGACGGAAACACAAUUGUCGAGAAAAGUUGAAUACAAAACAAAGUGUCCUCCAACGGAGUAAGCAAAACCAAAAACCAAACUACAACUCAAAAACUGCCGGGCUCCCAUACCCGCCUCUGGUUCUCUUCUCAGCCUAAAACACUUCCUAAACUCCAUUCCCUACCUGCUUCCACAAUCCUCACCUUUAAUCUCCAUCUCUCUAAGGUGGAAUAUCUCACGCUUAUCACUUUCUGACUUGUUUCUUGUGAAAAGUGUCGGCAAUGAGCGAGUCUCCCAGCACGGUUUAACAAGGCCUGAUCAGGAUGGCUCUCAGGCGUGUGCAGGUGGCUCAGGCCCAGCAGUGCACCGCAAGACAGAGCAGACAGAUGGCAGCAGAGCAGUGCCAGCAGAACAUGGCAGCUAUCGUGUUUGUGUUUGAGGCAAAAGAAAAUAUUCACACACAUCACAUUUUUGCCUCUUUUCUGCUGCGUUGCAAACUAAACCACUAACUUGUUUGUGUUUACUUCAUAUUGAUUUGAUGCCCUGAACGAUGACUUAAUUACUCCAUUAAGCCAAACUAUAAGCUUCAGAUGAAUGGAUGAAGAAAACAAUGGUUACUUGCAGCACUGCCUGUAGUACGGUAUGGAAUCAUUCCUGAUUGUGAAGAUCAGCAUAUCAUUUCCAGGAGAUUAUACAAAGGCUUGGAGGAGGAUAAGAGCAGAGGGCUUGCCAUUCAACUUGUCAAUCUUCCCAAAUGUUUUCCAGGAUGCCUUGCCCACCGCGUGCUCACACACAAACAUCUUAUGUUAGCUGGCCUUGGUUCUUUAUUUAUUUAUUCAUAAUUUCUCUUUUAGAAAACAGAACAGUGGUAGCAGCCUUGGAAACAUGAACAUUCUUCCAUACUUGAGUUCCCAUUUUCCAUACUUUUCGAGACCUGGAAACAUCAAAGUUAUAAUCAUUAUUCAUGAGCUAAUUGUUUCCUGAU